UCCAAUCCAGGCGGAAUUCUAGGAUAUAUCUACGAUUGCUGGUCUCCCCCACGAAUUCUUCAGAAAAGGGGACGUAUUCGCCUGGCCGAGUUGUAAUCCUCACAUCUAUAAUCGUUUACGAUUACAUCAUCCUAUACAGCAUCUUUCCCUAUCAGCUUCCAGAAGAAUCAGCAUAGGAACAAACGCCGGCGCAAAAGAAUAAGCCAAGGAAGCAGCCACGAAAGAUAACGGUGCUGAAUAGAGAAAAUACAUUCAACGAUAGGCGAAAAGGGACAAGUACGCUACAAACUCAUUCAACAUACGACGCGCGCAUAACAACGGUCGAUCUAAAUUGACGAUCCCUAACACCGAACUGUACACGAAAUUACCAAUAAACCGAGCAAAAACAUACAGCCGACACCAUGUUACCGAAUCCGAGCCUUUACGGUCACCAUCAGUACAACCCCCACGCUGAGCAGCCAUGGAUGCAUCAGCAGCCAAGUCACCAGCACCAAGCCCAACAGGCUGCUGCUGUUGCGGCCGCUGCUCAGCAACAACACUACAACAGACUGGCAGGCCAGCAUAACAAUGUCACAGCAAGCAUCAGUGCUUCUGUUGCUAACCAUGUUCAAGAGAAUGGCUUAGAGAACGUGUCGGAAGACAACCGAAGAACCCUUACAUUCGUUGCCGAUCUGCUUAACGAGAACACACGUGAGGCUGCUCUUCUAGAGCUAAGCAAAAAGCGUGAACAAGUGCCCGAACUGGCGCUUAUCCUGUGGCACUCAUUCGGUGUUAUGACCUCUCUGAUGCAGGAGAUUAUCUCGGUCUACAACCUUCUCAACCCGUCUCAGUUAACAGCUGCUGCUUCGAACCGGGUCUGCAACGCUCUUGCGCUUCUGCAAUGUGUCGCAUCGCACAAUGACACAAGAACUUUGUUCCUGAAUGCUCACAUACCUCUCUUCCUCUACCCCUUCCUGAACACGACGUCGAAGUCACGACCUUUCGAAUAUCUACGAUUAACCUCGCUUGGCGUGAUCGGUGCGUUGGUCAAGAACGAUUCUAGUGAGGUAAUCAACUUCCUCCUUACCACUGAGAUUAUUCCUCUUUGUCUGCGAAUCAUGGAGACGGGAUCCGAGCUUAGCAAGACGGUCGCCAUCUUCAUUGUUCAGAAGAUUCUGUUGGAUGACAACGGUCUCAACUACAUCUGCGCCACCUACGAGCGUUUCUAUGCCGUAGGAACAGUUCUGAGUAACAUGGUUGCUCAGCUUGUCGAGCAGCAGACGGCUCGUCUCCUUAAGCACGUGGUGCGGUGCUUCCUUCGGUUGAGCGAUAAUGCGCGCGCCCGAGAAGCACUUCGCCAAUGCCUCCCAGAACCACUCCGCGAUGCCACAUUCAGUUCCGUACUUCGCGACGACGCAGCAACUAAGCGUUGCCUUGCCCAGCUACUGAUUAAUCUCUCCGAUAAUGUGGUAGAGAGUAACAGUGCUCACGCAGGCCUAUGAAGUUCCGCAGACGUACGAACGACAUGGAAUGUGGCCCAUCGCCUCCUAUUAGCCGCCCUACAUGCCUUCAAGGGCUCCGGAGGGACCUCUCAUCUCAGCUUAUCAACAUGAGAGCCAUAUUAACGACCCUUUACCUUACUGUAAGACACCAAAAGAGACAACGAUGCGUCUAGUCUAUCUGAAAUACCACCGAACUUGCUGUUACUUGCUAUGU